UUUACGAAAACGUCCCGAAUGAGCUCAAUCGCACCAACAAUGGCGUCCUCAGUGAAUCUCUCUGGCAUAGGUAUUGCCAACUUGCCAAACCAGAGGCACAAAAUUGUCGCGAAACGCGGAGCGCAUUUCACCGUCAUGGUAGUUGGCGAGUCUGGAUUGGGCAAGUCGACGUUGAUCAACACUCUCUUUGCGACUGAGCUCUGCCCGCCCAAGAACUAUUCUCGCCGCCAUUUAAAGCAGCUCGACAAGCUUACUGAGGUUGAUAUCAUCAAGGCCGAGUUGGAAGAGAAGGCAUUCAAGGUCAAGCUUACGGUCAUUGACACACCUGGCUUUGGUGACUACGUUAACAACCGUGAUUCAUGGGCACCUAUCAUCGAUUUCGUCGAUGACCAGCAUGAAAUCUACAUGAGACAGGAACAGCAACCACAGCGGGGCGAGAAAACUGAUCUUCGUGUUCAUGCAUGUCUCUUUUUCAUUAGGCCGACAGGACAUACAUUAAAGCCUUUGGAUAUUGAAAUCAUGAAGCGUCUUGGGACUCGUGUCAAUUUGAUCCCUGUUAUUGCAAAGGCCGACACUUUGACACAGUCUGAUUUGGCUGUCUUCAAGCAACGUAUUCGUGAGGUGAUCGCCGCCCAAGGCAUUCGCGUUUACCAGCCUCCAGUUGAGCAGGAUGACGAGCAGAGUGCAGACUUGGCUCGUACCUUGAUUAACACGAUGCCCUUCUCCAUCAUCGGUAGCACCGAGGACGUCAAGCUGGCUGACGGUCGUGUCGUCAAGGGUCGUGAAUACCUCUGGGGGGUCGCUGAAGUCGAAAACGAGAAUCACUGUGACUUCCGCAAGCUUCGUUCCCUGCUCAUUCGCACUCACAUGCUCGACUUGAUUUCCACCACUGAGGAAAUUCAUUAUGAGAACUAUCGCCAACAGCAGAUGGAGACUCGCAAGUUCGGGGAACCCAAGGUCAAGAAAAUUGAAAAUCCCAAGUUCAAGGAAGAGGAGGAGGCUCUUCGCAGGAGAUUCACCGAGCAGGUCAAGGCUGAGGAAGCUCGCUUCAGACAGUGGGAGCAGCAUCUUAUUGCGGAACGCGACAGGCUCAACAAGGAUUUGGAAUUGGCUCACAGUGCCAUAAAGGGCCUCGAAUCGGAGCUGGACAAUCUUCAGCUUGGCUAUGGGCGUGGUACUCAGCGACGAUAAUUUGGGGUUACAUUAUCUAUUCUCCAAUGUUUCGCUGAAUUUCUUGGUCUUUACCCCUUCUACAUUCCUUCUCCCAGACGUACAUUCUAUACCUAUCCGAUUCUCCGUACCGCUCCUUUGUUACCCUUGACCCCUUCAGUGCUU